AUGUGGACUAAGAAGACGAAGGUUGAUGAGCUUCCAUUUAGUUUAAUUGAAUCUGAGAUACUACCAAGAGUUGCGGCUAAGUCCGACAUAGGUCGUUGCAGGUGUGUCUGCAAACAGUGGAAAUCGUUUUUAUCGACACCUACGUUCGGCAAGAUGCACCUCCGGCUCCACGGAACCACCAUCGACGACUAUAAGGUUGUCAUACUUGACGGACCCACCUUACGCACGCUUUGCCCUUCUAAGCCUAACCAACAAGCUUGUAUCUUAUCAAGCUUGGAUGGAUUGGUAUGUUUAGGCUUAAGGGAAUCUUCUCAGCUAGUUUUUUGGAAUCCAUUUACAGGCGUCUCCAGGAAGUUGUCGUCUAACCCGCAUAGUCCUUUUGACUACUCUGCUUCCUGUCCCGAUGCUGAUGUUGUCGGUUUCUAUAAGGACUCUUCUUCUAACGAUUACAAACUUUUAUAUUUGUCCUGCGGGGGUUACUUUGGGGCUUAUAUCUAUUCCCACACAUCGGAUACAUGGAGAUAG